AUGACCAAAAUACAAUUAAUGUUGUGGAAUCCAUUCGAUUUGCCCUCUUCUUCAUCAUCUGCGUCUGAACUAUCCACCAAAACCACUCCACAAAUUCUAGAUCCGUACAGAUUGUCGCAAUGUGAUGCAUUUAAAGAACGAACGUAUACAUUUUAUUAUCAAAGGCAUAUAUUUUUGAAUGGUACAGAGAAAUGGGAUAUGGAUUAUAGAGCGGAACUUGAUGGUUCAUCGCACGCCUUUGGUAAAACUAGUUCUACUGGUGUAGUUCAUCUAAAACCAGGAAGCUUCCAGGUGCAAACCACUCGAGAAAAAUCCAUACUUCCCGGAACGUCUAUAUUCACAAAUUUCAUCGUCUUGGCUGCCGUGUUGUACACAACCUACUAUGCUCUGCUAGGUGGUCGAGGUAAAUAUCGAAUAACCGGCUUGGCACAUAUGAUCACGCGAUACUUUCCUCAACAACAUUUGGAACGCCCAUCGAACACAUUUCGAAUAGUGAACCCUACUGCUGACGAUAUUCUAAAAGUUUAUUUAAGUGGGAUCAGCAAGGCUAAAUUUGAAAAGUAA